AAGAAGAAGCGGAAGGAGGAGGAGGAGGCUUCUCUCAGAGCCAGCUGCCUUCACGAUGAAAUAAACAUGACGAUGUUGACAACUACGAUUUUCUAAGUGCAUCUGCACUAACAGUACGCCACUGUAUACAACGAGGGACGCUGGAUAUUGUGUUUAACUAAUUUUGUGACAAGCUGUUUUUUCUUCCCAGAUCAAUUCUUGGAUCGGGGCGAACACAAUUUUCCCCAAAUUGAGGACUGGACCGUAAACACUGCAAUGCCUCUGCUGUUUUUGGAGAGGUUUCCAUGGCCCAGCCUGCAGACCUACACAGCGCUGAGUGUGGCUUUGCUUGCUGGCAGCAUCUUUAGUGCCUACACCACUGUGACGGAUCCGGGUUUUGGGGUCUUGGAAACUGAUGAAACACCAGCCCCCCCUGAAGUGGAUCUUGAACAUCUGAACAAUGAUAUUAGCAACACAGAAUUGGCAACCACUGUCCUGUGGUAUCUUGUCACUGACAGCCUCUUUGUAUGGGUUUUGGUCAACACAUUCUGCUGCUCUUUGAUGUUAAUUGCUAAAAUGAUUCAGUAUGUGGUGUUUGGCCCAUUGAGGGUCAGUGAGAAGCAGCACCUGAAAGACAAGUUCUGGAACUUUAUCUUCUACAAGUUCAUUUUCAUCUUUGGAGUGUUAAACGUACAGACAGUGGAGGAGGUGGUCAUGUGGUGUUUGUGGUUCUCCGCUCUGGUCUUUCUCCACCUCAUGGUGCAGCUCUGCAAAGACAGAUUUGAAUAUCUGUCUUUCUCGCCCUCCACGCCCAUGAACAGCCAUGUUCGAGUGAUUUGUCUGCUGGUCUCCCUGCUGCUGGACUGCUGUGGUCUGGCUGUGGUCUGUGGUUUGCUGGGAGCUUCCCAUGGCAUGCACACACUCUCCUUUAUGGCAGCAGAGUGCCUGCUAGUGACUGUACGCACUGGGCAUGUCAUCAUGCGAUACUCUAUUCAUCUGUGGGAUCUGAACCAUCCAGGGACCUGGGAGAGUAAGGGGACAUAUGUCUACUACACAGACUUCAUCAUGGAGCUGGCUAUGCUCUUCCUGGACCUCAUGCACCAUAUCCAUAUGCUGCUUUUUGGAAACAUAUGGCUGUCUAUGGCCAGCUUGGUUAUCUUCAUGCAGCUGCGAUAUCUUUUCCAUGAGGUCCAGCGUCGUGUCCGCCGACACAAGAAUUACCUUCGUGUCAUCAACAACAUGGAGGCCAGAUUUGCAGUUGCUACUGCAGAGGAGCUGGCUGCUAAUGAUGAUGAUUGUGCCAUCUGCUGGGACACCAUGUUGACAGCACGCAAACUACCCUGUGGCCAUCUCUUCCACAACUCUUGUUUGCGCUCAUGGCUCGAGCAGGACACCUCGUGUCCAACAUGUCGGACAUCGCUGAACAUUAACGGAGAUGGCGGCCAGGCGAGGAGCCCGCCGCAGGGCGGGGGUUUGGAAGACAAUAUUGGCCCCGUAGGAGCUGCUCCAGAUGCUAGACCACAUAUCAACCAACACAAUCACUUCUUCCACUUUGAUGGAUCUCGCAUUGCCAGUUGGUUGCCCAGUUUCUCAGUGGAAGUAAUGCACACCACCAAUAUCUUGGGCAUUGCUCAGGCCAACAACUCCCAGCUUCUGGCUAUGGCCCAUCAGGUUCAGGAGAUGUUCCCUCAGGUGCCCUCCUACCUGGUGAUGCAGGAUCUGCAGUUGACCCGCUCUGUGGAAGUCACCACCGACAACAUCCUGGAGGGACGCAUCCAGGUGCCUUUUCCAACACAGGCCAUAGAGCGUGCUCCUGCACAGGUGAACACUGUGUCAGAUGAGCAGGACGGUUCCAGUGGAGCAGCUGAGCAGAGCCUCAGUGAGUCAGACAACAUGGAAGUCAGAGGAGGUCGCUUCUCUAAGUCGGCCGAGGAGAGGCAGAAGAUGUUAAAGCAAAGGAAAGAAGAGAUGCUUCAACAGGCACGCAGGAGAUAUCUGAAUAAGAGUCCAGAGGAGCAAGAUGAGGAUUUGCCUGGACUGGAGGAGGACACUGUUCCAGAAAUGCAUAUGACUGUUAUGAGACGUAGAACCAUGGCGGCAGCUGCAGAGAGACGCAUGCAAAAUCAACAAGACCCUGCGCCCUGAUAUACAGGUUGGCGUCAGCAGAAGAUUCGACCACAUCAUCAUCCCAAGAGGCACAGAAAGAGCCAUUUCAAACCUCCCCUAUUUGGUGUACAUUCAGUGGUCACCACCGAUUCUAACGAUAAUUAAAAAGCAUUUCAAACAUGGCCUUUGGACUGUUUGGGCUGCCUAAACAAGGUGGGACUAAUGUGAAUGGCCUCUGCAUCACUGAUUCCAGAGUAUUUGGAGCAUUAUAUAAAUUGAUUGGUGCAAGGUUGCAUUGCCCUUUAUUCACGUGCCACACAUUGCAACCACCAGCUUCAGUAGGAACUCACUUUCUGCCAUGAUUGGGACUGGCUGACAAAAACGAGCAUGCUUUGCGUUCAGAAGAGUCUUUUAGGAGAAGGGUUUGGACAUGUCUUUGCUAGAUAAAAGCUAUUUGGGUCUUUUAUGCGUUUUCCUUUUAUCAGACUUUAUUUUCGCUUGUUUUGCUCAUGGUGGAAAGCUACGUAUUCUGAAUGGAGAAACUCAUCUGAUGUAGUUGUGUGUAAUUAUUUUAUGAGUUUCAACUGUGAACUAAGUGUAGGCAAAAUAACAACAUGUUUUUAUGUCUUACCUUGGAGUAAGAGAAUGUCACUUUAGUAUUGUUCAGCCUUUUUCUGUCAAAUAUGAAUGUUCCUAUCAAAAGUAAUGCUGCAAACAAAGUGUUUUUGACCCACAUGGGUUAUUCUGUAUUUAGUGUGUAAUGUCACCCAUUGCAGACAGGUUUGUUAUUUAACAAGGAGGAGUGCAUGUACAUCUUAGUUUUUCUAAUACCAUUCCCUUGAGAAGCAUAGGCAACAAAGGGGAUGUGUUACAUUUUGUACAAGUACAAUGGGCAUCAUCCUCCGGUCUUUCUUAAAUUCUCCUCUGAUAAUGAGCAGUUCUCUCUGAAUAAGAAAAUAUUAUUUUCUACUGAAUAUAUCAAUGGUGUCUAUGGUUAUCUGUGUCCAUCAUGUUGAAAUUUAGGAUAUGUAGAAGUUGUUAAGUCUGCGACAGCCGUACUUUCUGGACUGUCUUGUGGAUGUUUUGCCACUCGGCUUCGGCAGUAAAAAUGAGCAGCAACAAAACACUCUUAAGACUUAACAAAUCCAGCUGCCUUUUGACUGAACACUUCUAGAUAUUAAAUGACACAAAGAAUCUUUCAGAACACAUUUACAGGGUGUUUUAUUUGUGCGACCUUUGUCUGCUCACAUUGAGGAGUGCUAAUUUUAAAAAAUCAGAAUUGUGAGGAACAUAAUCAUCCUCUACUCAAAGAUCUGAUUUCAAUAAUGUUUAACAUGGACUGGGCUUUUGAAACACUCUCCACAUUGUCAAAUUUCACUGAGUAGUAGCUGGUUGAGACAUAUCAAUGGACACAAAGAUGAAGACUGUGUGUAUUAUAGGUGUUUGAUUUCUUGUUAUUAAAAUGCAAGAACAGUUUUGGGUGAGAUGCAUGAGUCUAGACUAAAGUGCUUUUGUUUCCUUCCACUUUAUCCCAAAGAGCAGCCCACAAACUUCCACUAAAAGCUGGAGUGUUGUGAUCUUCAUUUUGUGUUUAUUUUAGGGCUCAAACUCUGUUCUUGAGGUGUUGUACAACGAUACAUUAUAGGAUUUAGUUUUCAGAUUUAAAUUAGUCAAAAUGUAAAAAUGAGAUGACAGUUUUCACUUUCAGUUUUUUUUUCCAUUCAGUUAUUUAACAGCUCUUAAUAUCCAUGAUAUAUUUUCCUAAUCAUGGGUUAUCUUUCAUAACCAUUACUUAUUUAAUCAGAAGUGAAAUGCUGUUUUGGACUGAGCUUUCCUGUAUUUUUGUGCCUACAUCAAGAAUGGUUCAGUUAUGGAUAAUUUCUGUAAAUCUAGUUUUUGUAAAAUAUGUUAAUACAAAAGACUCAAUAAACAGAGCUUCUACAGCUUUUUAACAAAA